CGACUCUCGCCCCGAGCGCUGGCAGCAGGCAGCAGGCAGCAGGCGGGCGCGCUGUGGCUCCGCGCCGCGCGGUCCGGGCUCUGUUCAUUCAUGAUUGGUACUCGGCCCUGCGAGACCCAGCCGGAGCGCCAGGAGGGGAGCCGAGCGUGCGGCAGGAGGGGCGGGCGGACCGCGGCUCCCGCACCGCACGCGGCGCUGGCUCGGCAGCCUCGGCCGGGCGGGCGCUCUGGCCCCGUGUCCAGUGCCAGGCAGGCUUCAGGGCACCGUCCUCGGCCCUGGGCGAGGGAACCGGCCGGGCCGGGUCCUCGCGCGGGGAAGCGGUUCCGAAGGCUCGCGGGGAGUGGCUAGCCCUGAGUCCCUGCAUGCGCGGGGCUGAAGAAGGAAGCCAGAAGCCUCCUAGCCUCGGCUCCACGCUCGCAGAAUACCAAGCUGCAGGCGAGCUGCCGGGCGCUUUUCUCUCCUCCAAUUCAGAGUAGACAAACCACGGGGAUUUCUUUCCAGGGAAGGGGAGGGGCAGGGCCCGGGGUCCCAACUCGCACACAAGUCUUCGCUGCCAUGGGGGCCGUCAUGGGCACCUUCUCAUCUCUGCAAACCAAACAAAGGCGACCCUCGAAAGAUAAGAUUGAAGAUGAGCUGGAGAUGACCAUGGUUUGCCAUCGGCCUGAGGGACUGGAGCAGCUCGAGGCCCAGACCAACUUCACCAAGAGGGAGCUGCAGGUCCUUUAUCGAGGCUUCAAAAAUGAGUGCCCCAGUGGUGUGGUCAACGAAGACACAUUCAAGCAGAUCUAUGCUCAGUUUUUCCCUCACGGAGCCCUGCCUUGUUUGGAAGGUUCUCCCUGUGUGGAAUUCCUGCCCCCAUCACCUGCCCUCCUUUUCUGCCUUGUAGAUGCCAGCACGUAUGCCCAUUACCUCUUCAAUGCCUUCGACACCACUCAGACAGGCUCCGUGAAGUUCGAGGACUUUGUAACUGCUCUGUCGAUUUUACUGAGAGGAACUGUCCACGAGAAACUAAGGUGGACAUUUAAUUUGUAUGACAUCAACAAGGAUGGAUACAUAAACAAAGAGGAGAUGAUGGACAUUGUCAAAGCCAUCUAUGACAUGAUGGGGAAAUACACAUAUCCUGUGCUCAAAGAGGACACUCCAAGGCAGCACGUGGACGUCUUCUUCCAGAAAAUGGACAAAAAUAAAGAUGGCAUCGUAACUUUAGAUGAAUUUCUUGAAUCAUGUCAGGAGGAUGACAACAUCAUGAGGUCUCUCCAGCUGUUUCAAAAUGUCAUGUAACUGGUGACACUCAGCCACUCAGCUCUCAGAGACAUUGUACUAAACAACCACCUUAACACCCUGAUCUGCCCUCGUUCUAAUUUUACACACCAACUCUUGGGACAGAAACACCUUUUACACUUUGGAAGAAUUCUCUGCCGAAGACUUUCUAUGGAACCCAGCAUCAUGUGGCUGAGUCUCUGAUUGCCAACUCUUCCUCUUUCUUCUUCUUGAGAGAGACAAGAUGAAAAUUGAGUUUCUUUUGGAAGCAUGCUCAUCUCCUCACACUGCUGCCCUAUGGAAGGUCCCUCUGCUUGAGCUUAAACAGUAGUGCACAAAAUAUUCUGCUUACGUGCCCCCAGCCCACUGCCUCCAAGUCAGGCAGACCUUGGUGAAUCUGGAAGCAAGAGGACCUGAGCCAGAUGCAUACCAUCUCUGAUGGCCUCCCAAACCAAUGUGCCUGUUUCUCUUCCUUUGGUGGGAAGAAUGAGAGUUAUCUAGAACAAUUAGGAUCUGUCAUGACCAGAUUGGGAGAGCCAGCACCUAACAUUUGUGGGAUAGGACUGAAUUAUUAAGCAUGGCAUUGUCUGAUGACCCAAACUGCCCACGUCAUUUGUUUCCAGAAAUGAGGACCAAUAAUUCUCUCACACUGGCAUUUGUGCUGAUAGUGCAAGUCCUUUAAUAUGUCCAGGAAGGGAGCCAUUGCCCAGUGGUCCAUAUCUCCACCACAUCCCCUGCUUGAGCCCAGCGCUGCAUGUCCCUCCCAAGAAGUCCAGAAUGCCUGCAAAUUGCUGUAAUUUUAUACCAUGUUCUAACCAAUAAACAGAACUAUUUCUUACACUCUCAA